AUGGCAAGUUUAGCAGAUUUGGAGCCCAUUAACAAUAAAACAGCAAUUGAUGAUUUAACUAAAGCAAUGGACGAUGUAAAUUUACAAGGCAAAUCCUUUUGUUUUGAAAAAAGCGAAGAUCGAAAAUUAAAACGAAUAUUUGAAAUCUUAGAAGUUAGUUCAGCGAAUCUUGGUGAAUUUAAUCAUUGGGAUGUAACAUGCUGGGGCAUUUUCAGACUAAAUGAUCCAUUUUUCAAUAAAAAAAGCAUAGAAUUUUAUCAAAUCUCUGACUUCGAGAACAAAAAAGAAAAUGGAAAUUUCGUAUUACUAAUAGUUCGUAAGAAAUUUGUCUGUCAAAAGCUAGAAAAUCCCGAAGAUAUUAAUUUGUGGGAUUUACUUUUCGAUCUUACGUAUUAUCUGUUUCUUAUGCAUAAAAGAGGCUUCAUUUUCCGUCACAUACCGUUCGAUACUAUAUGCAGAGCCAAAAUCAACAAUAAAGAUCUUUAUAUUAUUGACGAUUUUCAAUACGUACGAGUAGACAACUCUGAUAAGAAGACAGCUAUCAGUGGUUCAACAUCCGCACCAGAACUAAGCAGUGCAGAUUACAAUUAUAAAGUAGAUAUCUUUGAACUCGGAAAAAUCCUUUUAGAAGCGGAAUCAAUUUUAAAAAAUGGGGAAAAAUUUAAUAUUGAAUCAUUUGACAUAAAACAGCUUCAUAACAAAGCUGCGGAAUAUUUUACAGAAGGUGAUGAAUUAGGAGAUAUCAUUAAACAAUGUUUGGAUAAGGAUCCUAAUAACAGACCAACAGAUAUUGAUAUUUUGAACCAAUGUAAAGUCUUUGAACAGUACCAGGACCGAUAUAAUUAUGUAAUGACACUUGCUCAUGAAAAUUUCAACAAAACAAAUCGACGUAUUUCUCAUGACCAAAUAAUGGAUUUAUAUACUGAUGAGGAAGAAGAUGACGAAAAAAAUGUUGUUACAAGUGCCCUCAAAGGGUUUCACUCGCUUUGGUUCGGAAUAAAUGAAGACAGAGAUCGAUUUGAAGCAUUGAUAGGUAUUCUUGAUAUAGAGAUUAAUUUAGCUGAUAUAGAAUUUUUUGUAGACUCUAAUGAUUUAUCUGGUAUUCCUACAUUUUUCUGUCCUAAAAAACAAACUUCUGAAGAUCUGCAUCCAGAUGAUUACCCGAUUUUGAAAAUUACAUAUCAAAACGACUUGCAGAAAUUAUAUCUAAAAGACUUCUUGCAAGCCUUCUUCUACGAUUAUUUAUCAAAUCUAAAUUAUGAAGAGCAAAAUGGAAAUAAUGAAGAAGAAAAUGGAAAUUAUGAAGAAGAAAUUGACGAAAACUGUUGUGGAAAUGAAGAAAAAGUAGAUGAAAACGGUUGUGGAAAUGAUGAAAACGGUUGUGGAAUUGACGAAAACGGUUGUGGAAAUGAAGAAAACGGUUGUGGAAAUGAAGAAAAUGGUUGUGGAAAUGAAGAAAAUGCAAAUAGAUCUGAUAAAGUAGAAAGCCAAAAUGAUGAAUAUACAAAAGAACAGUAUCGAGAAAUGGCUUUAGAAAAAUACAAAGAAAUCAUGAAAAAUAGAAAUCACGAUUUUUAUUAUGAUGCAAUGCUUAGAUACUAUUAUCUAACAGAUAAUAAGUUAAUGGCUUCAUUGUUAAUGCACCGAAAUGUUUCUGUAAGAGAAAGACUUCUUGGAAAGUCAGAAUGA